CGUCUUACUGGGCGAUUGGCUCUGAGCUCUCCUCCGACGGCGUCAUGACGGCGUCAACACAGCGAACCACGUCGGAGUCAACUGCAGGGGGAUGUCUCAGAAUGACACAAUGAUGAAUUCAACACAAGAUCCUGCUGGUAGGAGAUCGAGUACAAUACAACGACAACUUGGUAAUGUUUACACUUCAGAGGAAAGAGAUGAUGCACAUGACUCCUUUCUGCAAGUGAAGAAAGGAUCUGUUCUGCUAACAAGGAUGGAAAGUAUAACAACUUAUAAAAACCAACAUGGACAGCGGAGAUCCGGAACUCAAGACCAAUCUAACACUCCAGUGUCUGCUAAUGACAUGUGUGCACUAGAAGAAUGGCCAUCCCAUGCUCGCCGCAACCAUGCGCAACUACAGGAUGAAGCUGGUGGACAGAAGAAGAAAGGGCGAGGUGUUCUAAAAGGUUUUAAAGCAUCUAAGAAGCGUUUUGCCAAUGGAUUUGCAAAGCUAAAUAUUGCAUUCUCUGAAAAAUUGGGUGGUACAGUAGGAAUGAACUAUCGUUCAUUCAAGGAUGAGGUGGUAGUCAUAAUGAAAAGAAAGUUACCACUCAUUGGAGUAAGGAGGUGGUCGGACAUUCACCCUACCAUACAUCGACUCAUUGUUGCAGAUAUGAUAGAUAGAUGGGAUCUCGAAGAUACACCUGACACAGAAGAAAAGGUACUCACAAUUGCGAAAGAGCGGUACAGAGGCUGGCGAUCAACUCUAAGCUCCACUUACAAGGCAUACAAAACAGAUGCAGCUAGAUUGGCUAAUCUACCGGAAGAUUUACAACCAGAAGAAUGGGAAUGGAUGAUUGAGUACUUUGGCACUGGUUUAAAAUUCCAGGAACGCAACCAAAAGAACACCGAUAACCGUAAGAAACAGAAGACAAAACACAGAAUUGGAUCAAAAUCUUACUCGCAAGUAAGUUUUGAGACGAGAAACCCGGAAACUGGAGAAGAGCCAGAUUGUAUUACUCUGUGGGAACUCACCCACACGAAGAAUGGAACAUGGUCUAACACAGAGUCACAUGAUGUUUAUGACAAAGCAUGUGAAGAGGUUAAAAACAAAGAUACUGAAACUCAAGGUCCACUUUCAGAUGAGCAAAGACACAAUAUUUUCCAGACUACAUACAAAGGCACUCUGCAAUGCAAGUCAUCGCAGCCUCGUGGGUACGGAUACAUGGCCAAACCGUCAACUGGUUCUGAAAGGAUUCAUAUACAGAUUGAAGAGCAAGCUCGUGCUACAGCAGCCUUCCAGCAGCGAAACUCUGAGCUCAGCCACCAGGUCAAUGAUUUACAAGAUCAACUACAAGCUGAGCGUGCAAACACACAAGAGAUUAUUAACUUGGAGCGCGCUGAGAGAGAACAACUUGAGGAAAAGUUAAAAGAAGAGCGUGCUGAAAGGGAAAGAUUGUUGGAAGUGGAGCGAACAUCAAGAUUGAAAUUUGAAAAAAGCAUGAUGGCAAAGUUUGCAGAAUUCAGCAAACAGAUGGGAACCCAACAGGUGUUUACGAACAGGAUUGACAAAGAAAAUAGUAAUCCAAACUUCCAAAAUACUCUUUUACAGAGACCUAGUCCUAAUAAGGUUGCAGGUGCAAGGCCAACUGUUAUUUCUUCAAAUGCGCUCAUACAUGCUUCAACAAGAAAUUAUCGAAUGUUUAAAGCAAUUGAUCCAAAUAACUAGCUGGACUGGACUCGAGAUGACGGAGGAUCCAAAAAACUACCUGGACUAGACUCGAGACCACGCACAAUUUAGUCUAUGACUGGGCCAGUUUCAUUUGAUGGUUUGCUAUGAGAAUUAUGAGUUUUAUGAAUCUAUUAUAUGUACGGUUUUGAAUAGUGUAAUUGAAUGCCAUAUUUUUUU